AUGAUGGCUACAAGGGUUGUUUUGGUUACAUUUGUGUUACUUGUGUUGUUUGCCAUUAACUGUAACUCCUCUAGUGUUGGUCACACGCCCUCAAAAGAAGAGGAAGGUCGUGAUUUUCAAGAUGUGAAAGCCAAGACCACAGAAACUGCCAACAAAGCAUCAGAAACUGGAAAGGAAGGGAAAGAAGCCGCAGAAACAUGGACUGGAUGGGCCAAAGAGAAACUCACUGAAGGACUUGGCUUCAAAGAUAAGGAUAGCGCCACUCACAAAGCAUCUGACUGUGCUUCAGACACUGCACAGAAAACCAAAGACUAUGCUUCUGAUACUGCACAAAAAACCAAAGAUUAUGCAAGUGAAACUGCACAAAAGACCAAGGAAACUGCUAAGAAAGCCUCUGAUCAAGCCCAAGAUGCUGCUGAGAAAACCAAAAACAAUGCUUGGGAUGCUUCUAAAAAGAUAAGAGAUUAUGCCACUGAUGCUGCGGAGAGGACCAAACACUGUGCCGGUGAUGCUACUGAGGAAACUGGUUGUUAUUAUGCAGACGAUGCUGCAGAGGACACCAGAGACUUUGCUGGUGAAGCUUUGCAUAAGGCUAAAGAAUAUGCUACUGAUGCUGCACAUAAAGCUGCACAGAAGGCCAAAGAAUAUGUCACUGGGGCCGCGUACAAAUCUAAAGAAUAUGCGGGUGAUGCAGCGGAGAAGACUAAAGAGUAUGCAGGUGAAGCAGCGGAGAAGACCAAAGAUGCAGCAUACAAUACAAAAAACUAUGCCACAGGGAAGGCCAAAGAGUAUGCAGGUGAUGCAACGGAGAAGACCAAAGAUGCAGCAUAUAAAACUAAAGAUUAUGCUGGUGAUGCAGCAUACAAUGCUGCAAAGAAGACUAAAGAGUAUGCAGGUGAUGCAGCAUACAAGUCAAAAGAGUAUGCCAAUGAUGCUGCAGAAAAGACCAGAGAGUAUGCCAAUGAUGCUGCACAGAAGACCAAAGAGGCUUCGUAUAACUCCAAAGACUAUGCUAGUGAUGCUGCUGAGAGGACCAAAGAGGCUUCUGAAUCUGCAAAUGAUGCUGCUCAGAGGACCAAAGAUGCUUCAAAAUAUGCAACUGAUAGUGCUCAGAAGACCAAAGAUAAAUUGAGUGGAAGACGUGGAGAUGAUGAGCUUUGA